AUGGGCUGCACUAGGAGGAUCGUGUGGGGAACUGCGGAGCAGCUGCUGCCAGCCUUGCCCGGCCCUUCUGCAGGGCCUGCGCAGGGCAAGCAAAGCCCCAGGCCCCGGGGAAGGGCAGGGGACAAGAGCCCCUUGCUGCUGCUGGCUCCGUGCCCUGCAGCCCAGGCACUCGGGCUGGGCCACGCCCUGCAGGGGAAAAGCAGCCCGGAGCCCUGGGCAGCAUCCGUGAAGAGGGGAAGGGGAAAUGCAGCCGCCCCUGCAGCUCAGCACUUCAUCCCUCGCACCGGCACCAGGGCUCUGGGACACAGCAUAAAAGGCUGCGCUGCUCCAGGCUCUGCAUCCUGGUCUCUGGGCUCCCUUUCCUCGAGGAACGAGCUCUGCCUCCUGCUCCGAGAGAUGUCUUGCUGCAGACCCUGUCCCCCACGGCCCUGCGGCCCCUGUGGCCCAACGCCCCUUGCAAGCAGCUGCAGUGAGCCCUGCCUGGCCCGCUGCGCUGACUCCACGGUGUACAUCGAGCCUUCGCCCGUGGUGGUGACCCUGCCGGGCCCCAUCCUCACCUCUUUCCCUCAGAGCACCGCCGUGGGAUCCUCUCUGUCAGCUGCUGUGGGCAGCUCCCUCAGCUCCUCGGGGGUUCCCAUCUCUUCUGGGGGCUCCCUUGGCCUGGGCGCCUCAGGCCUGUGUCUGCCUUUCUCCCGCUGCGGUCAGAUCUGCUGA